AUGGUCGGAAGCAUUCCUAUUCUAAGUUACUAUAGUUUAGGUAAUAUAGUUAAGCCACUCGGGUUUGCAGUCACAUCUAGUGAUAAGAAGCAGUGUUUUUCAUCAAGUGAUGAUAUUCGUUUCGAUGAAAUGAGGUCUCAAGUUGAUUCAGUGUCAGAGGAUACUUGUGUGAGUUCAAAUUCGAAGAGUGUAAGUGAAAUGGAACAUGAGGGAGGGAGUACAAUGCCGGAUAUGAAACGCCAAUUGUGUGAGUUGUCUUUGCCUACAGAAUUUGGGAUGAAAAGGAAGCACCGUCCUCAUGCAGAAAAGCGGCAUUCUGUACCAAAAAAUAUGAAAUAUGUACCUGUUACCAGAGAUCCAGGUGUAUCUAAGCGUUUGUGUCAUUAUGAACCAUUUGAUAUAUGCUUGGGUGGGAGGAAUUCUGCUCUUCAAGCUUCUUUUCGUGAAAGAAUGAUGGAGGCAGAGGACAUGCUAGAAUUUGCAAAUCCAGAAAAAAUUGUGGAAUGUACUGAUCCAAUAGUACUGAGGCCGGGGAUGGUCUUAUUGAAAAAUUAUGUGAGCCUCAGUGAACAGGUUGAUAUUGUAAAGACAUGUCGGGAGCUUGGUUUAGGCCCUGGGGGGUUUUAUCAACCUGUUUUCCAGAAUGGAGCAAAACUUUGUCUGCAGAUGAUGUGCCUGGGCCUGAAUUGGGAUCCUGAGACUAGGAAAUAUGAAGAUAUACGACCACUAGAUGGCACUCGGUCUCCUGGUAUCCCCAAUGAAUUUAGUUUGUUGGUUGAGAGAGCAAUUCAAGAGGCACAUGCCCAUCUCAAAGAUAAAAUCAGAUGUCGCAUUGUAGAAAAAGUACUCCCUUCAAUGACUCCAAACAUAUGCAUCACCAACUUUUAUAAUACUAGGGGGAGGCUUGGUCUUCAUCAGGACCGUGAUGAAAGCAAAGAGUCUCUCCGAGAAGGAUUACCUGUCGUCUCAAUUUCUAUAGGUGAUUCUGCAGAUUUUCUCUAUGGGGAUCAGAGAGAUAUUGAAAAGGCAGAGAGUAUUAUUUUGGAAUCAGGAGAUGUCUUAAUAUUCGGUGGUCAUUCAAGACAUAUAUUUCAUGGUGUAACAUCCAUCGUACCAAACUCAGCUCCAAAAAAAUUGCUGGAAGAAACUAUGCUUCGUCCUGGCCGUCUGAAUCUUACCUUCAGACAGUUUUAG